AUGGUCUCCCUCUUUUGGACUUUUCUAGGGUUUCUAGCCGUGGUGGUUCAUGGCGGCUGUGCAAUUUCAACCAGUUUGGACGGGCAUCCCGUCCCUUCUGGCUUCCUUGACGAUGGUGGCGCGGGAGUUAAUCCUCACCUUCUCGUCCCGACUCUCGUAAGAGAGGACUCUCGACGGCAAUCGAUUCUAGUUGGUGGCCGUCUUGUACCUUGGAAUCGGAAGGGAGGCGGCGCUCUCCUUUCUAUUCCCCUUCUCGGCGGCGGCUGGUUUGACAAAGCCGAUGGUGAUGCUGGUAGAUCUUGUGUUUUCGGGUCAAGAUCGGAGUGGUGGAGCUAUGUUAUGGAGGGAAGCUUUUCUAAUGGAGGCGGGGGUGCAUCCAGAUCUGGCUUAGGUCGGCUUCCUUUUCAGGAGAUUUCUUCCUCUGACGUUGGCUGGGUGUCUAGCGGAGGCGCUGGCAGAGGUGGUUGGUUCGGUUCUCUGGUGGCGAAGACUGACUUUGCUAGUGGAGGUUCGGGCUCCGUAGAUGGAGGCUCUCCCUUCGUUGUGUCGCUUUGUGGGGGCGGUGGUGGUAGGAUCGAUAAUGAUGGCGGCGGGUUGAUGGCCGGAUCGGAUAUCAAGGUGGGUGUUGGUGGAUUUGAUAUUGCAGGCUGGGAUUUGGGUCGGCGUGUUUUGCGGCGGGCCUUGGGAGUUGGCCAGGUGGACAUGAUUGGGUCUUACGACGGCGGUUGGGCUGCUGGGUGUCCUGACGGAAUUCUGUCCGGCAUCGGUGGCGCUGGCAGGAUCCCUAGUGGCGGUUCUGCAGGAGCUGAGGCCGUGAUGCCGGUUUGGAGAGAUUGGGUUUUGGGCUGCUGCCUAUGGUUUUGGGCCUUUCUGGUCUUUGAUUUUUUAUUUUAG